AUGGCUAGUGUAGCUAGAAGAGUUCUGCUCUUGGCAUCACUCAGCCUGACAGUCAAGAUCUGUGUGGGACUCAGCAAGAUUGAGAAGGCCCACAAGCCUUGCAAGAUCAUCGGCUCUGGGACUAGCUUUGAAGGCACACAUCAGACAACUUUCUUGUUGAUACUGUCUGGAGCUCUCACUUCAGGCUCCUGCAGGUGGGGUCACGGCUUGCAGAAGCACAAUAUGGAUACCCCUUUGAAGGGGGCUGCAGGGAAGCACAUCAUUAUCCAGGGCUGUUUCAAAGCUUGUUUGGGCAGUUUGAUUCACACCAAUUCCGAUGUCAGAUGCAACUUACAAGUACUAGUAGUCGUUGUGAAUCAAGUUUUGCAGAAGGAUUUUCACCAAAGAACCACUGCCAACCAGCCGCGAUGCGGUCGCUGUUCAAAUGAAAAGCAAUCAGAGUCUUAA